UCGUUAAAAAAAGAACACCAUCUCAGUCAAACGACGGCAAAGGCACAGAAGUGAAUUGUGUUUGCUCCCGGAAUCGCGUUGCCUUCCUUUCUUUUUUUCUAUUUCGCAUGUAGUUUGGUGCCGCUGUCGUGUUUCCGCAAUUUUGGUGACGUUCGAAAUAUUUCCAGAACGGGCAGGCGAAUACCUUCGGCGCGGAGGAAACGAUGUUGCGGCGUGCGUAUUUGCGCUAAAGCACUUCCGCGAUUCACACCUGCAGUUGUGAAAAGAACGAAUCCGGUGGAUCGGUUUUGCUUGCUUCGAGUGUGAUUUUGUGAAGAUAAGCCGAAUUGCUAGUGUUGGCUGGUGUGUGUGUGUAUGUUCCUUAUCGCCAGCAAACCGGGAGUGACGACGAUAUCUUCCGACGAAAAAGAAAAUACAGUGCCAGGUUGAACCAAUUCAAAAGUACCACAAAAGAGGCUUGUGUCUGUGUGCGUGAUUUGGUGUGAAGGAGGAAACGCGGUCCACUUACAGACGGGGGAGGAGGGUUGUGCGCUUUGCGUGGGCCAAAGUUGCCCGGUGGCAAAGAUAAAAGUGGCAAUUUUGCGUAUGUCGUGUGUACAUCUGUUCCGUAAUAAAUAGAACCAUUAGCUUGAGCGGAAAAAAGAAGCACGCAACAGCAGCUAAAAUGCCCACGUUUUACCGAACCGAGAUCAACAAAACGGAAUGGGAAGUUCCGGAAAAGUAUCAAGUGCUGACCCCGGUCGGUAGCGGUGCUUAUGGUCAGGUGUGCUCGGCUAUGGACACAGAACACAAUGUAAAGGUGGCAAUCAAGAAGCUUGCCCGACCGUUCCAGUCGGCCGUACAUGCGAAACGUACGUACCGGGAGCUGCGUAUGUUGAAGCACAUGAACCACGAAAACAUAAUUGGCCUGCUGGACGUGUUCCAUCCCGGCGACAAUACGCUCGAAUCGUUCCAGCAGGUCUACCUGGUCACGCACCUGAUGGGCGCCGACCUGAACAACAUCAUCCGCACCCAGCGCCUCUCGGACGAGCACGUGCAGUUUCUCGUCUAUCAGAUCCUGCGCGGUCUCAAGUACAUUCACAGUGCCGGCAUUAUUCACCGGGAUUUGAAACCGUCCAACAUUGCCGUAAAUGAGGAUUGCGAGCUGAAAAUAUUGGAUUUUGGGCUGGCCCGACCGACCGAGAACGAAAUGACCGGUUACGUUGCGACGCGCUGGUACCGAGCGCCUGAAAUUAUGCUCAACUGGAUGCACUACAAUCAAACGGUGGACAUCUGGUCGGUCGGAUGCAUCAUGGCGGAGCUGCUAACCGGCCGGACACUCUUCCCCGGCACGGACCAUAUUGACCAUCUGACACGCGUUAUGUUCUUCUGCGGUGCGCCCAACGAAGAACUUAUGCAAAAAAUCACCAGCGAAGAGGCUCGACACUACAUUAAAUCACUCCCGAAGACGGAGAAGCGCAAUUUCAGCGACGUUUUCCGUGGUGCUAAUCCGCUUGCCAUCGAUUUGCUGGAGAAAAUGCUGGAACUGGAUGCGGACAAACGGAUAACAGCAGAACAGGCGUUGGCCCAUCCCUAUUUGGAGAAGUAUGCAGAUCCGUCCGACGAGCCGACCUCGUCACUGUAUGAUCAAAGUUUCGAAGACAUGGACCUGCCGGUCGAACGGUGGAAGGAGUUGGUCUUUAAGGAAGUGCUAAACUUUGUCCCGCAGCAGCACGCACACAUUGGCGGUGAACCACAGGCGUAAGAUGUGCCAUUUAGAACCAAUCCAUAAAAAAACCAUCAAAGGAAAGCGGACUGUUGCAAUUUCACCAUGCUGAACAGAAAGAAUAGGGCACUUCUGUAUUCUUAAACAAGAAUUUCGAGUCGCAGGGAUAAUAUCGAUUAAAACGGGAUGUGUACUUUCGCAGACUGAUGGGAGAACACUUCUACUAAAAAUUUCUUUAUAAUUGUAUUGCGUCUAACGCUUGCCUUCAGGGUGGUGUGGUGAAAUGGAUAGUCGUACGGGUAGUAAGUGGUAGACAGGAGCGGUGGUGUGCAUAAGUUGACGCUUGCUCGCUCCGCGGUGAAAGGCAGAAGUGGUGAAGAAAAAGGGAUUUUGAACAGAAGUCCCUUGCACAACACCAAGUAGUGUAUUAAGCGAUGCGGCAGAUGAUGUAGUAAAUUUAUCGAGAAAAAAAACCCCGAACCGGAUUACAGUAUACAGUACAAUCCCGUCCCGGUACGUUGGUGAAGCUUUUUGACACAAAUACCAGUUACACAAGUUAGAUACAAUUUUGAAUAUUUGCACGGUACAGUAAUACCAUGAUACGGAAUGGAACGUAGCGCAGGGAACAGCAGCAGUGCUGAAGUGUACUUCAAAUAACAACGCAUAACAACAACCUAUUUCAUACGAAUAAAAACACCAACAAAUUAACUGUAGUAAAGAACACGUGCGGUGUUAAAUGUGUAAUAUGGUUUGGUUAAAAAUAAAUGUUAUACAGUUUGUUUGUUGCUGAAGCUUGGAAAGAUUUUAAAUGAUUUUAAAAAAGGAAAGGAAAAGCUUCUACAUGUGGAACUGUUA